AUGAGUUUGGUUGCACUUCAUCAAUUCGACUACAUCUUUGCGAUCGCCAUGAUGUUUGCAUUCUUGGAUGCAUUCAACAUCGGCGCAAAUGAUGUAGCAAACUCCUUUUCUUCAUCAGUCUCCUCGAGAUGUCUGAAAUACUGGCAAGCGAUGAUCUUAGCUGCCAUCAUGGAAUUUUUGGGUGCCGUCUUAGCUGGUGCCCGUGUCACUGACACUAUUAGAAAGAGAAUUAUCAACGUUCACGCUUUCGACGACGACCCAGCCAUGCUGAUGUUGACCAUGGCCACUGCCUUGGUCGGUUCUUCUGUCUGGUUGAGUAUUGCCACUUAUGUCAGAGCUCCUGUCUCCACCACUCAUUCCAUUGUUGGUGGUGUCAUUGGUGCUGGUAUCGCUGCUAAAGGUGCUGGUGAGAUCCACUGGGGAUGGAGUGGAUUUGCCAAGAUUGUUGCUUCUUGGUUCAUCGCUCCAUGUGUUGCUGGUGGAUUCGCUUCCGUCCUUUUCCUCUUCUGUAAGUUCUCAAUUUUGGAGAGAAAGCAUGAUGCCAGAAAUGCCCUUCUGUUUGCUCCAUGUAUCGUCUUCUUGACUUUUGCUGUCCUGACAAUGUUGAUCGUCUGGAAGGGAGCUCCAAACUUGAACUUGGACGACCUUUCUACUGGUGCUACCGUCGGUUCUAUCUUCGGUGUUGCUGGUGUUGCUACAAUCAUUUACAUCACAUUCUUUUUCCCAUUCUUGAAAAGAAGAAUUAUCGAUGAGGACUGGACCUUGAAAUGGUACCAAGUUUUCUAUGGUGUUAAGUACUGGUUCAUGUCUAAAGACAGCAUUCCUCCAAAGCCUGAUAACUACGACUUUUUCAUUGACUACUAUGAAGGUAGACGUUACGAAGGAGGUGAACAAGACUCUGCUAUUGUUGCCGAUGCCAAAGAAGAAGCCACCAUCGGUGAACUGAAAUUGUCUGACAACAGCACAUCCAACUCCAACGCUGAUGAGAACAGACUUGUACACGAGUCCAAGUUGGAGCCUAAGGAAGACACAAAGACUAAAUGGAGUAAGUUGGUUAAGAGCCCAAAACAAUGGCCAUACCUUGCAUGGUUGAUCAUUUCUCAUGGUUGGACUCAAGACGUUAUCGCUUCUCAGAAGAAUGGUGGUAGAUUGGCUGGUGACUUGCAAGGAAUGCACGGAAGAGCUAAGUACUACUCCAACAAGGUUGAGCACAUUUUCUCUUUAUUCCAAGCUUUCACUGCUUGUACUAUGUCCUUCGCCCACGGUUCCAACGAUAUCUCUAACGCUGCUGGUCCAUUGUCUACUGUUUGGGUUGUUUAUACCACUAACGACGUUGUUGCAGAGCCACCAAUCUGGAUUCUUUGUUACACUGCUGCUGCCCUGGUCCUUGGUGUCUGGAUUUUCGGUUACAGACUGAUGGCCAACUUGGGUAACAAAUUGACUUUGCAAUCCCCAUCUCGUGGAUUUGCUAUCGAAUUAGGAGCAGCUAUCACCACAGUUUUCGCCACUCAAUUGGAGAUUCCAAUUUCCACCACCCAAUGUGCCGUUGGUGCCACUGUCUUUGUUGGUUUAUGUAACAGGGAUGUCAGAGCUGUCAACUGGAGAAUGGUUGCUUGGUGUUACCUUGGAUGGGUUUUCACCUUGCCAUGUGCUGGUUUGAUCUCCGGUAUCAUCAUGGGUAUUAUCAUCAACGCUCCACAAUGGGGAGGUCAAUACGAAUUGACUCCUUAG